ACACACACACACACACGGCAAAGAGGGGGGGGGGGGAAGGAUCACUUUCUAUGGGACUUAAACACCGGCCUUCCUAAUGGGCCAGCUGGUGGUGACGUCAUGGCAGGGAUGGUAUAUAAGGAGAGGCGCAGGCGGGUCCAUACAGUAGGUGCUUCGUGGGUACAACUCUCGCACAGCUCAACAUGGCUUUCCUUCUGUCGGUACUUGUGGCGUGCGUCGGUGCCGCCCUCGCCUCCGUGCACCCGCCCGCCUACGGCCACCCUCAGCCGCCCUAUGGCCACCAUCCACCCUCGUACAAACACUCAUACUGCGACCCCACCGCCGCCCCCGCCUGUGCCGCCAACUCCACGCUCUCCUACUGCCUGGAGGACGCCGAGUACCCUGAGUACGACAUCAAGGGCGCCAUCAGCGCUGACCACAUCUUCGCCAAGAAGUACGCCGACGUGGCAGACCAGUCCGCCGACGACCUGGUGGAGACAGUCACCAAGGAGCAGGAGGAGGCGUUCGACUACUCCUACUACACUGGCGCCUCUACCGGAGACUCCCCCUACGACGUGACCCACUGGACGGGCCCUGAGGGCUACAUCUGCCCCUCGGACGUGGCCUACGCCCGCCCCAGGCGCGCCCGCAACGUGGAGGGCAAGUGGAGGGUGAUCGUGAACGACGUGCACUACUACACCCAGACGGCGCGCCUGGAGACGUGCCUGUUCCCCGAGGCCGCCUGCCGCGCCCUGGCGCCCUGCUACAAGAGUCACUGCACCCAGAAGUACGUGUACCACCGCCUGCUCUCCUACGACCCUUGCGAUCCCUACAAGGGUCUCUUCAUCGACAUCUACAAGCUGCCCUCUGCCUGCUCCUGCCACAUCCCCGCCUAAGCGCUGCCUGAGACGCCCUCUGAAGGCGCGCCUCCUGCCGCUGCCGAGAGAGGCUCGGCGCCCACGACACAAGUACCGACACGACCUGUAACCUUCCCCCGGCGCACAGGAGAAGCCCCGAGAUGACUUGAGAACUGCUUUCUUCACGUGCCACCACCAGCCACGCCAGGGCCUCCCGGGACGCUCCCUCCGCCGCUCUCACACUCUGCCCCUUUCACCCUUAUCUCCCUUCCUUCAUCAAACUCGCGUUGAACAACACAUGCGAGAGAAAGAGAGUUGUAUCGUAAUUUUUUUUUUUUUCCAAAAUAAAUAUAUAUUCAUAAUAACAGACAAA